CGCCUUAGGCCAGCGCUGUGUUGCCAUGACGACCGUGGCUGGAUCGCAGCAAAUUUUGUUGGAAACUCUCGCUGCAGGUUGAAGACGGUGUAUCUGUUUGCAGUGACUCAGUUUCCCAGGAAUAAAUUGGAACAGUAGGGAUAGCAAGUGCCAUGGGGAGCAAGAAGGAAAUGGCCCUGCAGGUCAACAUCAGUACCCAGGAACUUUGGGAGGAAAUGCUCAGUUCCAAAGGACUAACUGUCGUCGACGUCUACCAAGGCUGGUGUGGCCCCUGCAAGCCUGUGGUGAGCCUCUUCCAGAAGAUGAGGAUCGAGGUCGGCCUGGACCUUCUGCAUUUUGCAUUAGCAGAAGCGGACUGUCUUGAUGUCCUCAAAAAAUACAGAGGGAGGUGUGAGCCGACCUUUCUGUUUUAUGCAAUUGAAGAUGAGGCUCUUUCUGAUGAAGAUGAAUGCUUUUCCCACGAAAAGGAAGAUGGUGACGACGAGGAUGCGGUGUCAUCAGAGAAGGCCUGCACCUUGGCAGUCAUUAAACCAGAUGCGGUGGUCCAUGGGAAGACGGAUGAGAUUAUCACGAAGAUCCAGGAAGCUGGGUUUGACAUUUUAACAAAUAAAGAGAGAGCCAUGAGAGAAGCAGAAAUGUGACUUUUCUACCAACACAGAGCUGGAGAGGAGGCAUUUAAGAAGCUGGUACAUCACAUGUGCAGUGGACCAAGCCACCUCCUCAACCUCACCAGGACUGAGGGCACCGAGGAAGUGGUCACCGCCUGGCAAACCCUCAUGGGACCCUGUGACCCCGAUGUGGCAAGGAGGGAGCAGCCUGACAGUCUCCGGGCUCAGUAUGGCACAGAAAUGCCCUUUAAUGCAGUCCAUGGAAGCCGGGACUCGGAAGAUGCCCGCCGGGAACUGACACUGCUCUUCCCCAGUUUUAAGUUUUCAGACCAGGUUCUGGAAGCCCCUCUGGGUAAGUCAUCCAGGCAGAUCUGGUCUGUAUUAAAUCUGCAGCGGGGAUGGGGGGCGGGUACUGACAGUAACUAUGUGGUAACCAAGUCCUCCGUCUAAUAAGGGCCUGCUGGGGAAACAGGGCCCAUUACAUAACUUUAGCGGCAGUCCUGCUCUAUUGUGUUUUCAGAGUAACAGUUUUGCUUUUUCAUUACAUUUUUGGCUGCAUUUUUACUUUGAAGUCAAACUCUUGUUACAAAGUUACUUUGCAUUCUCCUGUGGAAACCACCCGGAAAAUGUAACUUUCUGGAAGCCCACUUCCAUGGCAGAGGCCAGAUGUUAUUCCCUCACUUUCUCUGCGCUCCACGUGCCCCAUCAAGCCCUUGGUGGGGUCACCGAGAAGCAGAGAGUUUCACAGAAGGGCCCUCUGCCCAUCGCUGCAAUGGCUCUCAUAUCCCUCAGAGCCCACAUUUUGGGAAAAGCAUGCUGGGUCAUCCCCACCUCCACAUCUGGGUGAGAAACCCACGGGGCUCAGAGUGCAUGUGACUCACCCCACUCCACGAGUGGAAGAACCAGACACGGCCCGUGCUGCUCCCGUCACCGUGUUGCAC